AUGCUGUGUUUUCUAUUUAAAAUAAUGAUAUUCAUGGUGGGGUAUUUAUUACCAGUGGGACUAUCUCUUCACGGUUGGAAACAUAAGAAGUACGAAAUAGUGGAGUACUGCUUGAAGUAUAUUUUUUUUUUUGUUAUUUUUGAAAGUUUAGUAACCACUUCAAUAGGAGCAAUUAUAUACAAAAUCAGUGGCUUUAUAUGGUGUUUAUUACAUUUAGCUCUUUAUGUUAUUUUAAUUAUGCCAAAAUUUGAUUAUUUGAAUAUAAUAUAUGAACAAGUCAGCAAAUUUAAUAGUCAGAAUAAUGUUACGUUGUACUUAAAUAAUUACAUAAUCAACCCUUUGAAUAGCCAAGUUAACAAAAUUGUCAAAAAGUUGAAGACCUUAUAA